GCACGAUGAGCAUGUGGAGCGAGACUCACGACACCCUGGUGGCCUACAAGAGCGAGGGCAGCGCCUGCAAGUACGCCGACCGCCUCAUGGGCGGUCUGAACUCCGCCACGGCCCAGACGCCGUAUAUCACCUCCAAGAACUACUGCGCUGUGAAUCGCGGCCUCUUCGGCAAUGGCGAGGUUUGUGGACGGUGCUAUCGCCUGACCUACCGCGGUGGCCAUGAGCAGGGGCUCGGUCGCCCGGGCAGCGACGUAGUUCAGAUCGUGGAUUCGGGCAGUUGGGCAACGUUCGAUUGCCACAUGACGGCCUUCAAGAAGAUCACCGACUAUAACACUGGCUUCUUCCCCAUCACCUAUCAGGAGGUGGCGUGUGAUACUUCCUCGACGGGACCAGUGGCCGGAGUUCUGCAAUACGACUACUACUUCACGAAGAUCGUUUUCAGCAACCUCAGGUAUCCGGUCCAAUCUGCUGAGCUCACCAUCGGCGGGAAGAAGCACCAGAUGAAGCUCAUUGGUGGAUGGUGGUCGGCCUGGACCGGACCCAUUGAGGGGAAGACCUCCUUCAAGAUCACGGAGGAGAACGGCUACGUCGUGAACUUUCCCAACUGCUUCAACGGCGAGUGGAAGAACCGGAAGACCGGCGAUGCGUGCUACGCAAACAGAGGCCAUCGCUCUGCAAAGCUCCUGGCCAAUGACACCCUGUCAGAGGGCGUCGAGAAGACCGUGGAGCUGGCAAAGGUGGAGAGUAAUAUGACCCAUCAGCCACAACUGCAGGCGAACAACACCGUCCUCUUCCCUUAG